AAAUAUGGACUCUUCCGCAUCAAACGCCUUCGCAAUCCUCUUCUUCGCCAUCACCACCCUCACUCCCCAACUCGGCUCCACCGCACCAUUGAAGCAAACGGUUGACUACGCCUUCUUCGAGAAACCCGGACGCGUCGCCUGCGCGAGCUCCGCAGCCUCGUCGCAUCAGAACCGGACGACGUGCCUGGCUGGCCAGGCCGAGUCAGCGGCGGCGCAGGCCACUAGGGAGGAGGCGAGCUACGAGUGCGGCAUGGAGUGGAGCGAGGCGUGCUCGGAGUCGGUGAUGAGGGCUGCGAGGGAGCCGGAGAUGGCGAGGUGGCUGAGGAGCGUGCGGAGGAGGAUACACGAGAGGCCGGAGCUGGCGUUCGAGGAGCACGAGACGAGCAGGCUAGUGAGGGGAGAGCUGGAGAGGAUGGGGAUCGAGUACAGGCAUCCCUUGGCCAAGACCGGCGUUAGGGCUUGGGUAGGCACUGGGGGGCCGCCCUUCGUCGCCAUCCGAGCGGACAUGGAUGCUCUCCCCAUACAGGAAGCUGUGGAAUGGGAGCACAAAAGCAAAGUUGCUGGCAAAAUGCACGCAUGUGGGCAUGAUGCUCAUGUCGCAAUGCUUCUGGGUGCUGCCAAAAUCCUCAAGAGUCGCGAACAUUUCUUGAAGGGGACGGUGGUGUUUCUAUUUCAGCCAGCGGAGGAAGCUGGGAAUGGAGCGAAGAGGAUGAUUGGAGAUGGCGCCUUGGAGAACGUGGAGGCCAUCUUUGCCCUCCACGUGUCCCACGAGCACCCCACCGGCGUGAUCGGGUCGAGACCCGGCCCUCUGCUCGCUGGCUGUGGCUUCUUCAAGGCUACCAUCGCCCGAAACGCGGCCGGCGCCGGGAACCCUCGCCGCUCAGUCGACCCAGUCUUGGCCGCCUCAGCGGCGGUGAUUAGCUUACAAGGAAUCGUGUCUCGCGAAGCAAACCCUUUGGACUCACAGGUAGUGUCGGUGACUUCUUUCAAUGGGGGCAGUGACCUCAACACAGUGCCGGAGAGCGUCGUUCUGGGCGGUACUUUCAGAGCUUUCUCCAAUACGAGCUUCUACCAAGUCAUGCGACGAAUAGAAGAGGUGAUUGUGGAACAAGCUGGUGUGUUCAGGUGCGAGGCGGCCGUGGACUUCUUCGCGGAGGAGGACAUGAUAUACCUGCCGACGGUGAACGAAGACCGCAUGUACGAGCACGUGAGGAAGGUGGGCGCCGAUCUCGUGGGUCGGGGCAACUUCCGGGUGGUCCAACCCAUGAUGGGGGCCGAGGAUUUCUCCUUCUACUCGCAGGUGGUCCCCGCUGCCUUCUUCUACAUCGGCAUACGCAACGAGGCGCUCGGCUCGACCCACACAGGCCACUCGCCCUACUUCAUGGUCGACGAGGAGGUCCUCCCAGUGGGCGCCGCCGCCCAUGCGGCCAUCGCCGAGAGGUACUUGAUCGAGCAUGGUUGAACCAAAAGAGGCGGGAAAGAAGAUCGAUCCGCUCUACG